UGAUGGUGGAGGCAAAGAAGACGCACUCAGGGUACAGCCAGUCGUACGCGGGCACGGACGGGGCCAGCACACUCACCCCAGCACCCAUCGCGUCCUCUAUUGCGGCUUCGUAGGCUCUCAGCUCCUUGGACGCCGCGGCCUGACGAUUGAAGUGACUAAGGAAGAACGACGAGGACAUCAGAGAGAUAGAUAGAUAGAUAGAUAGAUAGAUAGAGAGAGAGAGAGAGAGAGAGAGAGAGAGAGAGAGAGCGGAAAACCAGGUGUCACAAUGAUUUACAGGUUGCUUCGAGAUAUCUACAGCUUCCUAGUGUAUACGUUCCUGCGUCUGCUAUGGGCGUUCACACCGCGUACACGCGUCCCUCCGAUCACCGAUGCAGCCCUCACCCAGUCACCCGCCACCCUCGCGCGAUGGAUCAGGGAGAAUAAGAGAUCCUCGGAGUCCAUCGUGGGGGCGUUCGUGGCUCGCAUCAAGGCCGUGAACCCCAUCCUGAACGGCGUGGUGAUGGACCGUUUUGACGAGGCACUGAAGGAGGCGAGGGACACGGACGAGUGGCUGAAGACGCUGACCAAGGAGGAGCGGGAGAAGGUGGCGGAGACGAAGCCUGUGUUGGGGGUGCCUUUCACGGUGAAGGAAAAUGUGAUGGUGAAAGGAAUGAGCCACACACACGCCCUCAGAGUCAGGCAAGGGAAAAGAGCACCGGAGGACGCGCAGGUCAUCGCAUUAUUGAGGAACGCAGGCGGCAUCCCACUCUGCGUGACCAACAUCCCGGAGCUGGGCCUGUCGUACGCGUGUGCCAACGUCAUGUACGGGACCACCAACAACCCUUACGACAUCUCACGUACCCCUGGCGGCUCGUCUGGGGGAGAGUCGGCUCUCCUGGCCAGCUGCGGCACCCCCAUGGCCUUCGGCACUGACCUGGGCGGCUCGAUUCGGUGCCCAGCGGCCUACACCUGCACCUUCGGCCACAAACCCACGUCAGGUUGGGUGCCCUUGGGGGGGACUGGCCUCUUCCCCUCCAAGCUUCGAACGCAAAGGGUGAUGGUGUGCGGGCCCCUGACACGCUACGCAAACGAUCUUCCCUUCGUCAUGGAGAUUAUCGCCCCGCUCCACGCCAAGGGACUCACGCAGAAGGUCCAGAACGUUGACCUUACCGAGCUGAAAGUGUGGUGGUCAGAGGGGGUGGAGGGAUGCGCUCUCAUCUCCUCCACCGACAAGAUUCUAGUCAAUGCGGUGCACCACGUAACCAGACAUAUGGCCGAGACCUUCCGUGUUCCGACUGCGAAGUGGCCCUUCCCUAUGAGUGACGCCAUGGAGGUCACCGGUAACAAAAUGAGCGAAGACUUCCUUGGUGAGCCGCCGGUGACUGAAGACCUCGCCGACAGGAAGGGCAGGAUCAGCCUCCGCAAGGAAUGGCUGAAGAUGCUAUCUGGCUUCGGGAACUUCACUGCCAACACCCUCGCCCUCGCCACGGCCACCACCAUACUUGUCGGCGCGAAAGAGCCCAAGAAGAGUCCCUACUACUGGAAGAACGUGCAGAAGAAGUUUUUGGACGUGCUGGGCGACAAAGGAGUCUUGGUGAUGCCCGUCAUGCCCACCGUCCCUCCCUUCCACCUCGGGGCGCUGUUCAACCCCAUGGAUCUGGCCUACACAAGUAUUUUCAACGGAACGGAGCUGCCAGGCACAACGGCUCCCCUGGGGUUGUCCAAGGACGGUCUCCCAGUGGCUGUGCAGGUAAUCUCUGCGCCUGGCAACGAUCACCUGACCAUCGCCGUGGCCCGGGCCCUGGAGGAGAAAUUUGGGGGGUGGGUGCCGCCUUGCCCCCUCCAAAUCUAAGGAGGAAGUAGGGCACGGAGGGGGGGAGAGGUGAAGGGGGGAGGAAUGUAGGGGUAUGAUUAGUCAGCGUGCGGGCGCAGUGUUCUGGAGGCCCCGAGUUCACGUCCCGCCCGCCGCUACAAGCUGACGUGUUUAGUCACCGCCACCGUUGCCAGGUCAUGGUACUCAGAGCAUAGUAUUUACCGGUUUCUGACGCCCAUCUAUUGCCAAGAAACAUCAGGAAUUAACUAUUUUAGCGAUGAUUAUAAGUAAAUAUCGUUUUUGGGGUCUAGGAGACAGUUUUGGGGUCGGAAGUCGGUAAAUAUAAGAGCCUGGUGGUCGGACUCAUCUUGUUAUGGCGCAGGCAAGUGUUUACAGUGGCGCCAUCUUGCUUGGCUUAUGCUGUCCCGCGGAUCACGAUUUCUAUUAUCUUUAGAGCCCAGAGUCCGGGUUGAUAGGUGGUCUUCAGGACAGCACGUGGGUAGUCUCAAGGGGCUAUUACACUGGGCAAAUUUUUCGUGGAACUUCAGUCAAACCACGAUUUCCGCUGGCGUGGUUCUCAUUAGUUUCUCGUUAUUGCUGAUGAUGAUGAUGGUGAGUAAUACCGUCGUCCUUCACUAAAAUCUAUCGUUGCUUUGGAAGAUCGUGGACACGUCAGAAAACCACAGAAACACGAGAACCACGCCAGCGGAAAUCGUGGUUUGACUGAAGAUCCACGGAAAAUUUGCACAGUAUAAGACUACCUACGUACUGUUCUGAAGACCACCUAUCAACCCGGACUCUGGGCUCUAAAGAUGAUUAAAAUGGUGAUCCGCGGGACACCAUAAGCCAAGCAAGAUGGCGCCACUGUAAAGACUUGCCUGCGCCAUAAUGGGUUGGGUCCGACCACCGGGAGCCACCAAGAGAGCGUAACGGUACCAUAGGCGGAACGUUAACAAAAUUAUGUAUUUAUCUUCCGUAUUCCUGACAGAGCCCAGUGUAUGAGCUAAGUGUUAUUUUUAGACUACAUGAAUGGCGGGUAUAUUUCAUUCUAUUUCUGUAUGAUCAAUAUUUCUUUCAUUAUCUCCAUCCAUAACAUUCCGUAGUCAUUUGCUUCGUGAUUUCUUUUUUCAAUUUCCUAUUUCUUUGUAUUUGAGGGAAAAGAAGGAGCAGGGGGAGGAGGAGGAGGAGGAGGAGGAGGAGGGAUAGUGGUUGAAGAGAAGGAAGGAAGGAAGAAAGGAUGGGAGGAAGGAAGAAUAGAAAGAACAGAACGGACAAAGGAACGAAAGAACGAGUGAAUGAAUCAAAUAAACUAAUGAAUGAAGGAGGGAAAAAGAGAGAGAAGGAAGAAACGAAGCAAAGAAGGAAGGAAGGAUAACAAGAAACAGUAACAAUGGAAAGGAAAAUAAUAAUUGGAAGGAAAUAGAAGGAAGGCAGAAAAGGAAAAAUAGUGACGUAGGAAGGAGAGAAAGGGAUGGAGAAGGAGGAGGAAGAGGAGGAGGAGGGAACAAGGAGGAGAAUGAAGAUAUGAGAUGACGAUGAUGAUUAUGAUGAUACUGAUGAUAAUGAUGAUGAAUAAGAGGGAGGAGCGGGAGGAGGAGGAGGAGGA